AUGUCGGUUAUGCUCACGAAAUUCGAAUCCAAAAGUAACCGCGUAAAAGGUCUCGCGUUCCACCCAACACAACCGCUGCUUGCUGCUGCGCUGCAUAAUGGGAGUGUACAGUUAUGGAAUUAUCGCAUGGGUGUUUUGGUAGAUAGAUUUGAGGAACACGAAGGUCCCGUACGAGGUGUCGCUAUCCACCCAACGAGGGCUCUUCUGGCAACGGGCGGUGAUGAUUAUAAAAUCAAAGUCUGGGAUAUUCGUCCCCAGAACCGCAAAUGCUUGUUCACUCUUCAUGGGCAUCUAGACUAUGUCCGAACAGUACAAUUUCACCACGAGAUGCCUUGGAUUCUCUCCGCCUCGGAUGACCAGACCAUACGUAUCUGGAACAGCACCUCACGAAACUGCAUCGCCAUACUCACUGGGCACUCCCACUACGUCAUGUCAGCCCAGUUCCAUCCCAAGGACGAUCUCAUUGUAUCAGCAUCUAUGGACCAGACCGUUCGCGUCUGGGACAUCUCGGGCCUUCGCAAGAACACUCCGAACCAAGGCGCGCCUGGGGCCCCGGGAGGACCUAGCGGGCCUGGCAAUUUCGAGACUUUCGACAAUUUCUCGACCGUGAAAUACGUUCUUGAAGGCCACGACCGUGGUGUGAACUAUGCUAUGUUCCAUCCUACCCUCCCCCUCAUCAUUUCUGCUGCCGACGAUCGCGUGAUCAAGAUUUGGAGAAUGAGCGAAACGAAGGCCUGGGAGGUAGAUUCAUGUCGAGGACACUUCAACAACGUGUCGAAUGCGCUGUUCCACCCCAAGCACGAGCUUAUUGUCUCUUGUGGCGAAGAUAAGACGAUCAGAGUCUGGGACUUGGCCAAACGCACCGCGAUUCAAACUUUCCGACGCGAACACGACCGUUUCUGGGUGCUUGCUGCUCACCCCAACCUCAACCUUUUCGCUGCUGGUCACGAUAGUGGGCUAAUCGUAUUCAAGCUGGAGCGCGAACGUCCCGCGUUCGCGGUUCAUCAGGACACGUUGUACUAUAUUCGGGAUAAGUACGUCCGGGCGUACGACUUCGGCACCGGUUCCGACAUUGGCCUCUUGGGUGUGAGGAAGUUUGGUAGUCCUUACGUGCCACCGCGUACCUUGAGCUACAAUCCAGCCGAACGGGCUGUCAUCACUACGAUCACCAGUGACGGGGGUAUGUUUGAGCUGGCUACGCUGCCUCAGGGCCAGCAGGGUGAUGUCAAGGACUCGAGCGUUGAUGGCAAGAAGGGGCCUGGACAGAGUGCCAUUUUCGUUGCAAGGAAUAGGCUCGCGGUGCUCAACAAGAACACACAGUUGAUUGAAGUCCGCGAUCUGUCCAAUUCCGUUCUCAAGACCAUCAAGCCCCCAGUGCAGACGAACGAAAUCUUCUAUGGCGGCACGGCUAGUCUUAUCCUUAGCUCAACGUCGUCUGUCGUUUUGUACGACAUCCAGCAACAGAAGACCAUCGCAGAAGUGAACAGUCCACCCGUGAAGUACGUUGUAUGGAAUGCGGAUGGAUCUCUCGUCGCUUUAAUGAGCAAGCAUACCAUCACCAUCGCCAACCGGAACUUCUCACAGACCAGCUUGAUUCAUGAGACUAUUCGUAUCAAAUCUGGUGCAUGGGACGACGCGGGUGUAUUCAUCUACUCCACCCUUAAUCAUAUCAAGUACUGUUUGUCACAAGGCGAUCACGGUGUUAUAUGCACCCUCGAUAACCCCGUCUACCUCACUCGUGUCAAGGGCAAGACCGUCCACUGUCUCGAUCGCUCGGCUAGGCCAAGGACUAUUACAUUCGACCCCACUGAAUAUCGCUUCAAGCUUGCGCUCCUCAAGAACAACCACGAAGAAAUGCUCUACAUUAUCAAGAAUUCUAACCUUCUGGGACAAAGCAUCAUCGGCUACUUGCAGCAGAAGGGGUUCCCCGAGAUUGCGCUUCACUUCGUGCAAGAAACGAACACAAGGUUUGAGCUUGCGAUCGAAUGCGGCAACCUCGAAGUAGCAAUGGAGACAGCGAAAGAGAUUGACAGACCAGAGUGCUGGGAGCGUCUGGCACAGCAAGCGUUGAAACAAGGCAACCAUAAGAUCGUAGAGAAGGCAUAUCAACAAACAAAAAACUUCGAUCGAUUGUCCUUCCUCUACUUAGCCACAGGCUCUGUUGACAAGCUGGCUAAGAUGCAGAAGAUCGCUGACGCCCGUGGCAACCCUAUGUCACGUUUCCACAAUGCGUUGUAUGCUGGUGAUGUAGAGGGGCGCAUCGCUGUCUUGCGAGACGUGGGCCUUCAUCCGUUGGCAUAUCUUACGGCCAAGACGAAUGGACUCGACGAACUAGCCGAGGAGAUUCUGGAAGGUGCGGGGCUGACUGCCGCAGAUAUUGAUGAUGUACCUACCUUUGGCGCGUCAACGCUGAAGCCACCGCCGGUCGUGACAACUACCACCAAUCUCAAUUGGCCUGUGGUUUCUGCUGGAGAGAACUUCUGGGAUCGCGUGCUGGCCAACGGCAUGCUUGAGGGCGGCACUGAGCCCGCUUAUGUCAACGGCGAUGCUGCCGCUGCCGCAUCUUCGGCGCUUGAUGCUUGGGCGAAGGAAGAGGAAAUUCCGGACGACAUUGAUCCGGAGGAGGGUGGGUGGGAGCUCGAUGCUGAGGGCGAGGAGUUCCAAACUGGUCGCGAGGAUGAAUCGGACGAGCCGGAAGAAGAAGAGCUGGGUGCUGGUGCUGCUCCGGGCGUAAGUGAGGUCGAACAUUGGACAAAAAACUCGCCCCUUGCCGCAGAUCACGUAGCGGCAGGCUCAUUCGAUACGGCGAUGCAGUUACUAAAUCGGCAGCUGGGAGUUGUCAACUUCGUUCUACUCAAACCUCUAUUCCUAUCAAUAUAUCGCUCCUCCCAUACCUACUUAUCUCCUAUGGCCUCACUUCCUCCACUCCAGCUUCACGUACGACGCAACCCGGCCGAAUCCUCGUUAAGCCGCGUCUUGCCAGUAGUAGCUCGUUCCCUGCAGUCCGUCCGAUCAGAAUUGACUGAAGGCUACCGUCUCGUUUCUGGUAACAAACUAGCCGAGGCUCAAGAGGCAUUCCGACACGUCCUUCAAUCCCUGCUUGUGGUGGUUCUCAGUUCUGAUGAAGAAGCCAAACAAUGGAGAGACACAGUGACCGCUGCGCGCGAAUAUUUGCUAGGUGUCAGCAUUGAGCUAGAGCGCAGACGAGUCGCUGAGCAGGAGCCGGAUAAUACCCAACGAAGCCUCGAAUUAGCCGCCUACUUCACUCACUGUCAACUUCAACCUCCGCAUAUGCAGAUCGCCCUGCGAAGCGCUAGCAAUAUCUUUGCGAAGGCAAACAACCAAGCGCAUGCCGCUCGAUUCUCUAGACGUUUGCUGGAACUGAAGCCAGAUCCUAAAAUAGUAGCCCAGGCUCGACAACGUAUCGCUGCGGGUGACCGAAACCCAAGAAAUGCCGUCGAAAUCUCAUACGAUGAAUUCACGCAGUUCGAGAUCUGUGCCGCGAGUUUCACUCCCAUAUACAAAGGCUCACCUUCUGUGCAUUGCCCCUACACGAACGCUUCAUUCCAUCCACAGUACAAGGGCCAACUAGACCCCCUAGCUCAACUCACGGAGAUUGGAGCGACUGCUUCAGGGCUACCUGCUCCUUGGUGA